GCAUCCUCCAGGGCCGGGGGAGUUCGCGGGAAACCGGUUGUAGUCGUGAUACUUAAAGCCUAAUUGGACUCCGGUUAAAACAACUAUAUUUGAUACUAAAUCGCUAUUUCAUUGAUCGACCAAAUUUAGACUAUUGCGGUUAAAAACGGAGAAGUGACACAGCUUAAAAUCGCCGUCUUUUUAGGACUGUUGCCCUGGCUGCUAUGCUAACAUCCGACGCUAGUUAGCUAGGUGGUCACAUCGACUAACAGGAACCUUGUGCUUCAUGCAGACAAGAGAAAAUACUGUUGGCUAGAAAGAGACAAAGGGCUGCCGCUGUCAACCACGACCCCGACGGUUAAAAUGAGUCUGUUCAAUCUAGACCGUUUUCGUUUUGACAAGAAGGCAGCGACAACAACAAGCAAAGGCGAGGAAAGCGGGUCAAUAAGUCCAGAAUCUGAGAAGGAGAACAAGCCAGCUCCGAUGAAACCUGUCAAACCCCCACCAAAGUCCCACGCCCGAGGAGUGGUUUUUGAGGAAGUCCUUACUAUUGACUUGGAGGAGGAUGAGACAAAGACCAAAAUAUCAUUGACCAGGAAAUCCAAUAAUGCCGUAGGGAAAUCAUCUAAAAACGUGGAAUCAGAUUAUACAGAUGAAGAGGACUCUGAAUUGGAGGAGAAAAUUACCAGACUACUGGAGAUGUUUCCUCAGUUGACGAGGAAGGAGCUCCUGGAGGUCAUUGAAAGCACAAGCACAUUGGAUGGGGCUAUAGCUGCAUGCCUUAUACAGUUUGGUGAUAAAGAAGGCCCAGACCAAAGCAGAAAGAGAAAACUGGAUGGAUCCAGCAGUUCUCAGGACAGUGGUGAGAUUCAACCCAGCAAGAAGAGGAGGCCUUCAGUAGUUUCUGGUGAAGAAGAUAAUGAAGGCAAAGGGCCAAGCUGGGAGAAACAGGAAGCCAUGGUCAGAAGACUGCAGAAAAAGUUUCCUGACCAGGACAAGGAGGAGCUGCGGAUGGUGCUGCAGGAACACGACUGGAAUGUGGAGGAUGCUUUGCAGGUUCUACAAAUGUUCUCAGACCCAGAUAACUCCAGCUUCAGCUCACAUGAGACAGAAGAAAGGAAGUCCGGUAAAUCAAAGAGCAAACACAAGUCGAGCAGGGACCACAGAAAGCUGAAGCGCCACAAACAUCACAAAGGAAGUAAAAAAGACUAUAUAAGUAUUAGUGAGACAGAGGGGGGCAGUGAUACAGAUGUUACAAAGGACAGUGAAGACGAUGCCGACUCGGAAGACAGCGAGGGUUCCCAAAGCAGGACUAGCACUUCUACUCUGUCUUCAUGCAAAAGUUCCGAUUCAGAAGCCUCAUCCUCCUCUGUCAAGGAAACAAGCAGCUCUUCUGCCCCGAAGCCGUCGUCCUCUUCCUCUACUGCUCAGAUGCUGUCCAGGUUUGCCAGUGGGACCAGCAUAGCUAAGAAGCAGGCAGCAGAGAGAAAGAGGAAGGCGCGUGCCUCAGAUGAACGCGUCAGUUCUGAGGGAGAAAAUGACGACGAAGAGGAGGAUGAAGUUAGCAGCGAGUUUGAGGAGUCUGACGACGAUCUGGACUGUAAAGGUGGUAUGACGGAUCUGAAGAAAGAGAUGCUCAAGUUCUUCCAGGACGCAUCUAUAGAUGAGCUGUCAUUGAUCGCUGGGUGUUCGGUUAAAAAGGCCCAGAAGAUUGUGGAACUGAGACCCUUUGAUAGCUGGCAAAGCCUGGUUGAUGUCUUCCAUAAGGACAACGGACUGUCAGAGAGCCUACUGCUGGGCUGCAGAGUUGUCCUCAAAGAGCGGAAGGUUGUCAAGGGGCUCAUGUCCAAGUGUGAGACCAUUUCCUUAAAAAUGGUCAGACAGGUCACUGAGGUGAUGGAGAAGGGCACAGGGGCCAUGAAACAGCCCAGCAUACUCAACAGCCAGUUGCAGCUGAAACCCUAUCAGCUGAUUGGCCUAAAGUGGCUGCUGCUUCUGCAUGAGCACAAUCUGAGUGGCAUCCUUGCUGAUGAAAUGGGUUUGGGGAAAACUAUCCAGGCCAUAGCGUUUCUGUCCCAGCUGUACCAGAAUGGAAUAGAUGGUCCUCACCUCAUCACCGUGCCGGCCUCUACACUGGAUAACUGGGUCAGAGAGCUGAAGCUGUGGUGUCCAAGCCUCAAAGUCCUAGUCUAUUAUGGAUCUGUGGAGGACCGCCACUACCUCAGACACGACAUCCUCAAUGAAGAUGUUGAGUUCAAUGUCAUUGUGACCACGUAUAACUUGGCCAUAGGAAACGAUAGCGACCGUAGCCUUUUCCGUAAGCUGCGUCUGAAGUAUGCUGUGUUUGAUGAAGGGCACAUGCUGAAGAACAUGAACUCUCUCCGCUACCGCCACCUUAUGGCUAUUAACGCAGAGCAUCGCUUGCUGCUGACAGGAACCCCAUUACAGAACAACCUCUUAGAGCUGAUGUCUCUCCUGAACUUCAUUAUGCCCUCCAUGUUCUCCAGCUCCACUACACAGCUCUCCAAAAUGUUUUCUAUGAAAUCCCACGAGGAGCAGAGCCGCUUUGAAAGGGAUCGUAUAUCUCAGGCCAAACUCAUCAUGAAACCUUUUAUCCUCAGGCGAGUCAAGAGCGAGGUCCUCAAGCAGCUGCCAGCCAAGGAGGAGAAGGUAGAGUUCUGCUCAAUGAGUGAGAAACAGGAGGUCCUCUACCAGACGCUCAUGAAAAAACUGAAGACUUCCAUCAAUGGCGAGAAGCGUGAGUUGUGUAAUGUGAUGAUGCAGUUGAGGAAGAUGGCCAACCACCCUCUGCUUCAUAGACAGUACUACACCACAGAAAAGCUCAAAGCAAUGAGCAAGCUCAUGCUGAAGGAGCCAACUCACUUUGAUGCCGACCCUGCUCUUAUCCAGGAGGACAUGGAAGUGAUGUCAGACUUUGAGCUGCAUCGUCUGUGCCAGCAGUACUCCACCAUCAGCUCCUACCAGCUCGAAAACAAUCUGCUGCUCGACUCUGGAAAAUUCCACCACCUCACAGAGCUGCUGGCCUCACUUAAAAACAAAGGAGACCGAGUAGUAUUAUUCAGUCAGUUCACCAUGAUGCUGGAUAUUGUGGAAGUGCUGCUGAAACAUCUUAAGCAUCGUUAUGUCAGACUGGAUGGAUCCACACCCAUAGCCGACAGGAUUGUGUUGAUUGAUGAGUUCAACACGGAUCCUGACAUAUUUGUGUUCCUGUUGUCGACACGCGCUGGCGGCCUGGGCAUCAACCUCACCUCAGCUAAUGUUGUCAUCCUACAUGACAUCGACUGCAAUCCCUACAAUGACAAACAGGCAGAGGACAGAUGUCACCGUGUAGGCCAGACCAAGCCUGUACAGGUGAUUAAGCUGAUCAGUAAGGACAGCAUAGAGGACUGCAUACUGCAGCUGGGCCAGAAGAAACUAAAGCUGGAACAGGACAUGACCGCUGCUGAACAGGGUGGUGAGGGGACCAUACCUGAAGAUAUGGCAUCUUUACUGAAAGCCUCACUGGGACUGUAAUGGCAAACACAUGAAACUUGACUGUACAAAUACAUUUGUGAUGGCAUUCCUGUGAUCCUGGGCAGACUUGAGGGUGUCCAUACCGGAAAACUACUGAGAACCAUUUGCUGCCAUGAAAAAAAAAAAAAAAAAAAGGUUC